AAAAGAAAUUAUAUAUCCAUUCGCUGGACAUAAGAAAAAUAUGUCAAUAAGUAUUUUCAAAAAAAGAUUAUAGAUCCAUUGAUCUUAUACGUUCAUAUAUCAACAAUCUCAUCAGAAGCACAAACUUUUAUGGGAAUCGUCUCAGAAACCCCACGUGAUUCUCUUUGUUUUAUUGCCGCCCAUUUGUACUUUUAUGGAUCAAUCUGGAGCUUUGUUUGGUUUAUAAAAUGCACUUAAAAUGGAAUUCGUACUUUGCAAAACAAGACUGAAGUGUCAAGAUCACUCCUUGCUUCGGCUCUCUGUGUCCUUGAACUGCUAUAACUUUUUGGGAUCUUCAAAGAGCCACUGGAUUAAAAUCAAAUCACAAACUUCUUGGUUGGAGGUGACUUUGGGAUGGCAGAGAGGAGAGCCAGCAACGGAGGAGAAGUUGUAAUCAAUUUUUUAGAUAAAGAAGCGUCAAAAGAUGAUCCAUCAUCAUCUCCUUCUUCCAAAGUAGAGGCUUCACCAAUGUCAGAUAGAGAGACUGCAAAACUAGAGCCGCUAAGCAUUCCUCCUCCUGAAAUCUAUAAGUUACCUGGAAGUGCUCAUAAGCCGCCUAAAGUUCCAAGUCCUAGCACUGAAGGUCUAGUUCGAAGGAGAUCUCUCUCAAAGUCAGUUUACUCCAAGUCCAACUCAAGGUUUGGGCAGCAACAGUCUUAUCGAUUCGAUAAGACUAUAGUUGAGGAAAACAGUGGAACUCCCAAGGAACAUUAUGGUGCUAAUUCAUUUUCAAGGACUUCUUUUAACAAGACUUCCCCUAGUAACAAAUCGAAUAGGAGCAUCAACUCAGCAGCCAUGAGUAGAGUCGAUGAGGACGAAACAGAUGAAAAUGAAGAAAUCUACAAACAGGUUAAACUACACCAAGUGAAGCGUAGUGGAAUCAGACCUCUAGCUAUGCUUGAGUUGCUACUGUUUGUUGCCACUCUAUGCACUUUGGCUGUGAGUUUAACCUAUGACACGGUGAAGAAGCAUCACAUUAAGGGUCUGGAAGUUUGGAAAUGGUGCGUUCUUGUGAUGGUAACGCUUAGCGGCAUGUUCGUGACGAAUUGGUUCAUGCAUUUAGCGGUUUUCAUCAUAGAAAGGAACUAUCUCCUACGUAAAAAAGUGUUGUACUUUGUCCAUAGCAUGAAGAAGAAUGUUCAAGUCUUCAUUUGGUUCAGCUUAAUUCUUGUUGCUUGGGUACUUCUCUUCGACGAUGAUGAUAAACACUCUCGUAAGACCAAGAGGUUUCUACAUUUUAUAACGUGGACCAUCGUCUCCCUCCUCAUCGGUUCAAUCCUUUUCUUGGCGAAGACGUAUGCAUUGAAAGUCCUUGCAUCAAAGUUCAACGUCAGAAACUUCUUUGAAAGGAUUCAAGAGUCUAUCUUCCACCAGUACGUUCUCCAGACUCUCUCAGGACCUCCGCUUAUCGAAGAGGCAGAGAGAGUUGGGCGUGAGCCGAGCACGGGCCACCUUAGUUUCACUAGCACCAGUGGAACGGUGAAAGAGAAGAAGGUGUUGGAUAUGGGAAAGGUUCACAAGAUGAAACAAGAGAAGGUCUCUGCUUGGACAAUGCGGGUCUUGAUUGAAGCCGUUGGAGCUUCAACCAUAUCUAACACCUUAGAUGAGAGUAUCAAUCGGAAAAAGAGAGCUGAUAAGGAGAUAACUUGUGAGAUGGAGGCUGUGGCGGUUGCUUAUGAUAUCUUCAACAAUGUUGCUCAGCCUAAUUCUAGUUACAUAGAGGAAGAUGACUUGCUAAGGUUCAUGAUUAAGGAAGAGGUAGACCUUGUAACUCCAUUAAUAGAAGGUGCCGAGACUGGAAAAAUCACACGCAAUGCUUUUACAGAAUGGGUGAUUAAAGUUUACACAAGUAGGAAAGCAUUAGGACAUGCACUGAACGAUACAAAAACAGCGGUUAAGCAGGUGGAGAAUCUUAUAACUGGAGUCUUGUCAGUUGUCACAUUCAUCAUUUGGUUAAUACUUUUGGAUGUAUUAACGACCAAGUUUUUGGUGGUAUUCUCCGCAAAAUUCGUGGGUUUUGCUUUCUUGUUCGGAAGCACUUGCAAGAAUAUCUUUGAAUCUUUUGUGUUUGUCUUCGUGAUACACCCUUACGACGUUGGUGAUCGUUGUGUUGUCGAUGGUGUGAUGUUGUUGGUUGAACAAAUAGAUCUUUUAACUACGGUGUUCCUCAAGAUUGACAAUGAGAAAGUGUUUUAUCCAAAUGCGACUUUGAUUUCAAAGCCAAUAAGUAAUUUCUACAGAAGUCCAGAUAUGGGAGAUUCAAUACUAUUCUCCAUCGCAUUCUCAACGCCCACCGCGAAAAUCGCCACACUCAAGGACAAGAUAUCAGAGUACUUGGUGCAGAACCCACAAAAUUGGUAUCCAGAUCUCAUGUUGUUCGUGAAGGAGAUUGAGAAUGUGAACAAGCUGAAUUUGAAUCUGGUCGUCACACACACCAUGAACUUCCAAAUUUUUGUAGAGAAAAAUCUCAGGAGAACCGAGCUGGUCAUCGCGCUCAAACGAAUACUCGAGGACCUAGAGAUUGAUUACACCCUCCUUCCUCAAGAUGUUCGUCUCACCGGUCACAAAUGAUAACUUCCUUCUGUCCUUUUGCAUUUAUUUUCACUAGUACAAGUGGGUUAUUACAAAAUGUGUUGCUUCGAUUCAACUGAAUUAUAAAACUCGGUUUACGUUUUGGUGUGUAUCCCCUGUAUAUUAAUCCUGGAACAUUACAACAUGUUUUCGUAGUUACAUGUCAUCAUGAAGAUGAUGAUUCUUAGGCUUCAAUUGGUGACUGUGUAAAAAAUGAAAUGAAUGAAAAAAAAGUUGAACAAAAUUUCAUUUACUGAAUUGAAUUGAAAAAAAAAUUGAAUAAAGAGGAAAAAUAAAAAAAGAAUCUUAAUAUAUAAAGUUGACUUGUGUGAUGCACACAGCCCUCCACCUCAUCAAGGAGGAAGAGGCGUUUUUCGACACCUGUCAGCUCCCGAGUAGAUCGGUGUAGCCCACGCUCCCUCCCCCUUCUCGCGCGCGUCGUGUUGUCUGUAUCAUCUUCUCAACAUCAACAAUCAAAGAUCAGUAGCCGACAGUUUCAACUUUCAUUAAUACAAACGUAAAGCCCAACUUUAACGUGAUUUACCCCACUCAUCUCACUCUCAAGCAUUCAAUCAACCCCAUCAUCUCCAAAGUAACCGAUGGAAACUCAAACUAUAAAUCCCCAAGCUCUCAGAGAUGAACAACCUCAGCGAAAUCGAGAAGAAUAGUCUUUUCUGAUUACCAACUCCGACAAUCUCAUCACCUUACCGGUUGAGAUGAGCUCCGAAACGUCGGCGGCUGGAGACGGUGGCGAAACGAGCGCUGGGCCAGCACCGGCAUACGACAAACAGAAGGAGAAGGCGCGCGUGAGCAAACCGUCUCUGAUCCUGUGCCACGACGCGCACCAGAACGACGCAUCUACAGUCCGGAAGCUCCUGGAGAAAGAUCCGUCUCUGGUUCACGCCAGAGAUUACGACAACCAAACGUCUCGGGUGGAUUGAUGUUGUUAAAUGUCUGAUCGAGUUUGGCGCUGAUGUCAACGCUCAGAACAGGUGGAAGAACACGCCUCUGGCUGAUGCAGAAGCUAAUAUGAGCUAGGAAGCAGAAAAUGAUCGAGCUACUCAAAUCUCAUGGCGUUUUAUCUUAUGUGAAUUUUUUUAAUAUCAAAGUUAUAAACUUUCAUAUCUUGAGGUAGAAAAAUUGCUAUGAAAUAUUAAAAUAUUAUUGCAAUAAAUUUAGGAACUUUCUCUGUGAAGCAAAGCAGCCUGCUUUAAUGCUUGUGGCUGAUUGAAUUUUGUCUACGAAGAGUCAAAACGGAAGUCACUUUGAACCAAAGCCUUUGCCACCACCAAUUCCAAAGAAGUGUGACUGGGAGAUUGACCCUGUUGAGCUGGAUUUCUCAAAUGCAGCCAUGAUUGGAAAGGGUUUAUUUGGUGAGAUUGUGAAAGCCUAUUGGAGAGGAACACCAGUGGCUGUCAAACGUAUGCUUUCUUCUCUUUCAGAUGAUAGACUGGUUAUGUAAGUUCUUAUUUCUCUCUUUUGAUAUUAGCUGAUACCUUGGUAGAAGUCUGUCCUAAGAUUCUUGUGUAUUCAUACUUGGUGUAUUUUAAAUGUAUAGAUUGAUUUCUAUUGUGAUACUUUAAUUUACAAGAUUUUUGUCGGUUUACUUC